CGGGCGGGAAGAAGAAAAGAUUUGAUUCCACUCAACGAAGGAGACCGUCUGAUCUCCGCAGAUGAGGAAAAGAUCAGAGCGGUCGGAAGGAUGACAAAUGUCGCUUUCCGGCUAGGAAAGGUCCACGCCUUGGGAGAUGUAGUGGUACUCAAUGUAACCUCAUACGAUGUGUUUGCCCUUCAAGCCAACCUGAACUUCGAGCGGCGGGAAGUGGUUCUCAGAAACACUGGUGGCAACCCAUACACCCUCCCUAUGUGUCUCACACUCCGCACGACGACAGGCGGGAUGCGUAAGGACCAUCCAAGCGCGAUCGGGUCGAUCCGAACGAUCACGUGGGUGGAAAAAGAGGUUGGAACGACUGGCGAGGAACAAGCGUCUUUGCUUCUCGAAGAUUCGGAAAGCGAAGAUGAAACGGACCCGGUGAUCCAGGAACUAACACGCAAGAUAUGGACCAGAGACAAGUUUCACCCCGCCGCGAACGAGGACGUGGAGUUACUCAUCAUUCAGGCCUGGAGAACGACGGUGGAAGGAGAUUUAUUGGGAUUCGUCUUCGGAUCGGUGGAGGCGGGACAUCGACAGCUGAUCGUCAAAGAACUCUUGAUCCUCUUGACGCAGCUGCUGGACGACUUGCCAAUCGACAUCGUCUCGCACUGCGAUGAGAGUCCGGCGCCGCAUACUCUUCCGUGCACUUUGACACCGUAUCUACAGUGGUCGGCAUGCUUGGAGGGUGGUGAGGACAACAGUAGUUACCCGUUACACGGUAACUACCUGAACCCCGAGGGGAUAGUCGACCUUCUCUUCGUGGAUCGAACGUCGGAAGAAGAAGAGGAGGAAGAAGAAGAAGAGGAGGAGGGUGACGAAUCGGAAGACACCCCCAAAGAAUACGAGUAUUACAGCGAGCACAGUGAGCAUGAGUCGGGGGCAAUAAGUGAAGAAGAGGAGGAGGACGAAAGCAAGGAAGAAGAGGAGGGACAGGUGGGGACACAGGAAGAAGACCCUGCUGUAGCCGAGCGACGCCAGGCAGAAAUCGCGGAGGGAAAACGGACGUUGGAGCAGGUGGCGGGGGCUGAUUUGCCGAUCCCGGACGAUCCGACCAGAGAUCAGGAGCCGCCAACGGAACGGCUACAGCGCACGGGCAAUUCUGAGAUGGCGGCAUGGCACAGCGGACGUGCGGAGUCCCAUUCUGGCCAUCCAGGAACACGCCAGACCCGCGACGCAGGCACGCUCACACGGUCGCUGCCAACGGCGAUGGCGGCGCAGAGGUCUCAUGCACGGCGGCAAAGCACAGCCAACUCGCGGAGGACGACGCAGCACGGAACGCGACGCAGCCACGCACACACGGUCGCCGCCAGCGACGAUGGCAGCACGCGGAUGUUGUGCAUGGCGGCGAUGGACGGGGAGAUUGCGACGACGGCGGCUGUGUGACCAGGCCAACGAAACCCUAGAGGAGCUCACCUGUUCCCACAUCCAAAUUUGAAGAUAAAAAACAAAAAAUAAGGCCAGUGAAAUGUAUUCUACGAACUCUAACACCAGGCGGGAAACAAAUAUUUUCGCCAAUA